AUGGAUUCUGAUAAACCAUCAAAUGUUGUUCAUGAAACGGAGCAUGUAAAAAAGACUAGUCUUGUCCCGAUUGCUCGGCAUGGCUUUGGCACCAAAGGAGAGAAGAUACAACUUUUUACCAACCACUUUAGAGUAAACCUCAACAAUGCCAAUGGUCAUUUCUUCCAAUACAGUGUUUCCAUCACAUAUGAAGAUGGUAGUCCUGUGGAGGCUAAAGGUAUUGGGAGAAAGAUUCUUGAAAAAGUUCAAGAAACAUAUCAAAGUGAUUUAGGCUCCAAGUAUUUUGCUUAUGACGGCGAUAAGACUCUGUUUACCGUUGGUGCUCUUCCUAGAACCAAACUUGAUUUCUCUGUUGUACUUGAAGUGAUGGUUUCUUCUAGGAGAAAUGACGCGGACAUGAAAAGAUUAAAGCGUCCUUAUCAAUCCAAGAAAUUUAAUGUUGCAAUCAGCUUUGCUGCAAAAAUCUCAAUCCAAGCUAUUGCAAAUGCUCUUCAAGGAAAGGAAACAAAUCAUCUUCAAGAUGCUGUCAGAGUGCUGGAUGUCAUCUUGUUGCAGAACGCAGCGAGGCUAAAGUACUUUACCGAUAUCGGUGAAGGAGUUGAUUGUUGCAAAGGGUUCCAUUCAAGCUUCAGAACUACUCAGGGAGGCUUAUCCCUCAAUAUUGAUGUUUCUAGUACGAUGAUAGUACACCCUGGUCCUGUUGAUAGGUUCCUUAUUGCAAACCAGAAGGCUAAAAGUACUCUCAAGAAUCUUCGAGUUAAAGUUAUCCCCUCAAAUCGAGAAUACAAGAUAACCGGACUAAGUGAAAAAAUCUGCAAAGAUCAAACGUAUAUUUGGAAGCGAAAGAACGAAAACGGAGAAGUGACUUACCUUUGCAUCAAUGUUGGUAAGCCGAAGCGUCCAACUUACUAUCCCGUUGAGCACUGUGUACUUGUUUCUCUACAACGCUAUACGAAAGCUCUUAGUCCUUUUCAGAGGAGUAACCUAGUCAAAGAAUCAAGACAAAAGCCCACAGGAGAAAAUGAAUGUGUUAUGUUAUCCAUAGCUCUGAAGAACAGUAAUUACAACAAUGACCCAAUGCUGCAAGAAUCCGGUGUUAGAAUUAGCUCUGACUUCACUCAAGUGGAAGGCCGCGUCUUACCAACACCAAACGUGAUUCUUCCUUAG